UAGAGAUGCAAGAUGGAGGAAACGAAAAAGUAAACAAAAUUUUACAUUAUUUUUGUGCAGUUUGCCAUCAAAUGAUCGUUUAAUUUAUUUGCUAACAUUUGUGUAGAUGUUGCGGUAAAAAGGAUUCCUGAAAGUUUGUGAAAAACUUUUUGAAAUAAUUAUUCAGAUCGCAAUGACAAGUCAAAAGCCAGUUCAAGGGGCUGUACCAAAGGGGGAUGUGUUUAACCUAAGAGCUACCCCUGGACCUCAGUUCCCGAUAGCACCAUCUCCAUUACCUGCAAUGGAAUCAAAUCAUGUGCCAGUUGCUGCCCAGCAACACAAUGUCAAUAGUGACCUUGAAGAUAAGCUAGAGCUGCAACAAAGAGAACUUGAAGAGAUAAGGGCGAGAGCCUCACAGAUGGAGAAGACGAUGCGCUGGUGGUCCGAUUGUACCUCUAACUGGCGGGAAAAAUGGAGUAAAGUACGAAAUGAGAGAAAUAAGUCGAGAGAAGAAAACAGACAACUUAGAGCCAAACUUGACUUGUGUAUUAAAGAAAUUAACAGUUUAAAAAGAGAAAGAGAAGGUCUAGUGAAUACUUGUAAAGAUUCUGAGAAGAGUAAGUUAAUGGAUAAACAGGUUGAGCUGUCGGAUGAGUCCAAAACUACCUCAAGUAAUAGUUUAGAUAGUGUACAAUCAAAAUGUGAGCUACAGAAUACCUCUGUACAGACUGAUCCGGUUAAUCUAGUAAGUCCAAGUUCUUCCAAAUCAGAAGAGAUACUAGUUGAUAAAAAAUCAGCAACUGGUGUUAAGACUGAAGUUGCUGAAUUACAAGAGUGUUCAGAGUCGUUGGCUGGAGAUAAACUUGCUCUGCUGCAACUGAAAUUGGAGGAGUCUCAAAAGACGAUAAUAGUUGAAAGAGAAGAGAAGACUCAGCAGACAAAAACUAUAGAGACAUUGAGACAUGACAUUCACAGCUGGAAAUCAAAAAAUGAAGAAUUGAAUCAAACUAAACAUGAUCUAGAAGUUCAGGUGAGGAAGUUGAAGGACCUACAUGAGGAGGAGUUAGGUCGACUGUCUAAUGACCUUCAGGAUGAACAGUCAUCUAAGAGUUCUGUAGAUAAGCGGCUAGCUGAACUUAGACUUGAGCUUGAGAGGCUUCAGAAAGAGAACGCUGAUGAAUGGGGUAAAAGAGAACGACUAGAGACAGAGAAACUGGCCCUAGAACGUGACAAUAAGAAAUUACAUACACAGAUAUCCGACCUUGAGGAACAAUUGGAGAGAAAAAGCACUCAUGCUUCCACAGUCACUAAUAAAGAUAUUAAAACAUUACAGAUGGAAGUGUCAGAGAAAAAUAAAGAAUUAGCUGACUUGAAGCAUGGUCACACUAAACUAAAGAAGACGUUACAAGAGCGUGUGACUGACCUCGAGCAUAGCAAGCGUCGCUGUGACCAGUUCGAAGUGGAGGUGAAAAAACUAAGGUCCAGAGUAGAGGAGCUGAAACGUGAACUUGCCACAGCUGAAGACGAGGUUGAUACACAAGCAAACAAUGUACGGAAGGUACAGAGAACUAAUGAUGAGUUACAGGAACAAGCCGAGAAUCUACAGGUACAACUUGAACAUCUACAGAGCAGAUUGCGUAGAAGUUCCCAGCCAAGUUCGGGAUCACACACGGGUCACAGAUCAUAUAGUCCGGAUCUUCAGGCGCUUGAAAUAGACGAUGAUACUGAUGAUGAAUUUAGUGACGGACCAUGAUGAAUGUACAGUCUGUUUGAUUUUGUUCUGUUAUCUGAAUAUUUGGCGAGUUACGUCAUGCACGUACUUAUAUUUCACUUGUGCAGCGGUAUUUAUUGUGCAAUGUUUUACAAGCAUAUUUAAACUUUUACAUCUGUUUUAUUUGAGGCAAUGAUUACCACAUGUAGUAAGUAAAAGAAAAAAGAUAUUUAGAAUCUUACAUAAUCAAGAAGUCUCAUAAACACCAUUGUAAGAUUCAAAUGCAUGAGACCCAAACCUAUAAAAAGAAUCGUUCUGAGAUUCUCAUGACUUAAGAAUAAACCUAAUAAACAUCAUUAUAAGAUGCUUAUGAUUGAAGUUUAAACAUCAUAAACAACAUUCUGAGAUUCUCAUAACCUCAUAGAAAUUAUUCUUAUGAUUGAAGUUCAAACCUAAUAAACAUCAUUCUGAGAUAUUCAUAUGAGUUAAGUUCAGACCACCUAAUAAACGUCAUUCGGAGAUUCUCAUGAGUUAAGUUCAAGGCUAAUAAGCAUCACUUUUCAAUUCUCAUGAUUGAGGUUUAAACCUCACAAAAAUCCUAAGAGCCACAUGAGUUAAGUUCAAAUCUGAUAAAUAUUAUUCUAAGACCCUUAUAAAGUUAUGAGUGAAGCUCAAAUGUGAUAGAUUUCAUUCUAAUUGCCACAUGAAUGAAAUUCAAACCUGAUUUGAAAGCCUUAUGACUGAUAAUCAAACCUUCAUAAACAUACCUCCUUGUGAGUGAAAUUCAAAUCUCACACAGCAUCAUUGUGAGAGCUUUAUGAGUGAAAUUCUAGCCUCAUAAACUAGCACAUGAGGUACAUAGUUUUUAAUGGCAUUAUUGAAUUGUCUCCCUUGUAAUUUAAUUUGGAAAAUUUCAAAUAUUCUGUAAUAUAGCGGUUUCAUAAUUAUUUUCCUUGACUUUAGUUACUGUUGUUUUAUUUUGAAGAAAUCAGUGUGUGUUAAUAGAACAAGAUGCAAUAAUAGGGUUUUAGAUACAUGUACAUUUUUCUAUGAUAUUAAAUCAUUUGCAAUGCAAGUUUUCAUAAAUCAAGAUUGGAUUUUAAUCCCUUUUAGACCUUUUGUCAAAGAUUACUGAUUCCAUUUUGGAAACUGUUGUGUGUUGCUUUUAUAUUGAUUUAUAUUUUUUUUUAAAUCCAGCAUAAUUAUAUGGAUGUUCUUUAAAUUUUUAAGUUGAAACAACUUUAGCAAUAUAAAACUUUUGCAAUACUUUAGUACCAUAUUAAAACAUGAUUUUGGUUCAUUCCUUAUUUGAAAGAUUUAUUGCAUUUCAGAGGAAAAUAAGAAAUAUGUUAACAUCUUAUUAUUUAAUGUAUAUUUAUUUCUAUGUCAGUCUAUGAUGAUAUAGAUUGUUAAAAAAUUUGAAUAAAAGUUUUUUAUAAUAUUACCCUAUUUAGACUGAAAAGAGGUGAGUUUACAAGAAUAUCUAGUUUGUAUUCUGAGUGUCAUCAAGUUCUGCAAAUUAGUACAUCUUUUCCCCAAAUUCUUUAUUAUGGAGGUUGGGUCACUGUUAAAGGUCAUGUGUUUUACAAAUUGGGUGAGACCCCAGAUAUCGCUCAUGUGUUAUUUUAGGUGUGAGUUGUUACUCAAGGUCAAUUGUCAACCAUCAGCAAGCUAGCUGGAUAGCCCCCACAUAUGGAAGGAUUUUUCUGAUUUCUAAGCAGGAUUUAAACCUGCAGUGGAGAUUUAAAGUCACAUGAUCAUAAAAGACUCUACGAAUCUCUUUAAUUGGAACAAAUAUAAUAUCUUAUUACCAGUGAUGAAAGAUACUAUCAUUGCAAUUGCAUGAUCACAUGACCAUCCACAUAACCUUGAUCACAUGACCUUGAUAGCCAAAGCCUCAGACAAACAGUUGUACAUUUGUAACUACAUGUAUACUUCAUGUUAAACAGCUUUAACGUUAAGAUUUGUUUUUAACCUAUAUGAAGCAUAAAGUUUCAUUAUUUACAUCAAAGACACCAACAAGAAUUUGAUUCUGAAUAGUUCUUUCACUUGUUAAAAACUUUAAGAGUGCAUGACUGAGGGAGAAAUCGAACUAUAAAUUGACACUGUAUUUUGCAGUUCUAGAUAAAGGUCAUAGUGGUUCAUUAACUAUGAGGGAAACUAAAGUAAAUGAAAGGUAGACAAAUCAAUUAACAUGUAACUGUGUUGUGUUAAGUUGUGUUGUGUCACAGUGUUGUGAUUGCUUUAAAACAGUGUUUAAACAGAUAUUUGUCAGCUUUAUUGUUUUAUAUAUGUACUUGUAAAUAUAAAAUAUACAUAUUUUACAAUCAUUUUCUAAUGGUGCAUAUUUAUUUGAUAUCAUUAUUUAUUUACAGUUUCAUAUACAUGUUAGAUAUGAAUAUUAUUUCAAGGACAGCAUUGUAAAUAUUACAUUCAAGCCUUCAUUCUCCAUGUAUUACUUGUAUAUCAAUGCACCAUUGUAAAUUUCACUCCAUUGUAAAUUCCACAAUUAUUAGAAUAUCUAUCAAAGCUUCAUUGUCCAUGUAAAAAACAUCCCCAUUUUUCACAUAUCAUUUAAUCAUACCAUUUCUUUUUGAGCCAGUGUUACAUUAAUAUGUAUAAAACUCCAUUAAUAAAUUUUCCAUAGCUCAUAUUUUUGUGUAAUAAGUUAAUAGAACCUCAAAUGUACCUGUAUUGUGAAUGUUUUGUUUAAACAAGUUUACAUGUUAAUGUAUAUUAAUUUUUUUUACAUAGUCUUAUCACGUUUUGUGAUCUAGAACAUUAUUAAUGUAUUUUGAACAAAGAUCUAAUGACAAAUAUAUAGGAAAUACAGAAUUA